AUGGCUUCAAAGAUCAUCGUCAUUGGUAGCCCCAACUGCCAGCUCCAGGCAGUGUUUACCAAAUUGGCAAAGUUGCAUACGAAACAGAAUUUCGCGUUUGCAAUCAUUGUCGGCAACCUCUUUGGCGACUGCUCCACAGAAGUCGAGCUGAACGAGAUCUCAGCCCUUCUUCAGGGAAGCAUUCAUGUCCCUCUGACCACCUACUUCACUGUGGGAAGUCGCCCGCUUCCCACUCGGAUCGUGGAGAAGAUUGAGGCCGACGAUGAAGUCUGCCCCAAUCUGUACUUCCUCGGCAAACGAGGCAUCCUCAAGACGGCCGAGGGCAUUCGCAUUGCCGCUCUAGGAGGUCAAUUAGAGCAAUCGGGAUCUUCAAAAUCCAAGCCCGAAACCAAUGCCAGUGGAAAAUUCCAACCGACAUACAGCGAGUCUGAUGCUCGUGCUCUCUACGGCAUGCACAACGCCGACAUCCUGAUCACGAAUCAAUGGCCCAAGGAUAUCCGCUUUGGCUCCAAAGCCGCUGUUCCAGAGGACUACAGCUCGAAGUCAUCUGAAGUUCAGAUUAUUUCAGACGUGUGCUCCACACUCCGACCUCGAUACCACUUCUCCACAUCCGACUCGUUCUUCUACGAGCGAGAGCCCUUCUUCCACAUGCCAACCGAAGACAACCCCGACACUAAGCCAAUAACCCGCUUCAUCUCCUUGGCUUCAUUUGACUCUAAACAAAAAGCCCUUUACGCCUUUUCGCUUGAUCUCUCCGCUACAGUCCCCCUCACCAUUCCCGCCGGCGUAACCGCCUCCCCCCUCUCAGCACCCCAAGCCAAGCGCAAGAAUCUCCCCAGUCAAAAGGAAUCAUUCCAACGCUUCGCCACCCACGACAGUCACCGCGACUCUUCCUACGGCCAACACCGCGGAAAGCGGCAACAGCGCGAGCCCCCCCAGGACCAGACAGAUGGCCCUCUGCCCCCGGCCAAUUUCUUCCCGUCUCUCGGGUUCCCAGGCCACAUUCUCAUCAUCCCCUUCGAGCACAGUCCAACCCUGGGUAUGAUUUCAGACCCGGCUACCCGCUCAAGCACAUACAGCGAGAUGGUCCGCUUCAACACCGCACUACGCCAUAUGGUCAGCGACCGUUCGUCCGGACAACUUGGGGCCGUCACUUGGGAAGUCAGCCGUGCCGGCGGUAUUCACACGCACUGGCAAUUUCUCCCCGUGCCCAUGGACCUCAUCAAAGAAGACUUAGUCGAACUCGCCUUCAAAGUCGAAGCCGAGAAUCUAAAAUACCCUCGAUUCUCAAGUCUCGCCGUAGCGAGUGCCGCGGACGGUGAAAUCGAGACCGGAAGCGAACAGACCGAGGGCGGCGAUUACUUCCGCGUAUCGAUCUGGAGUCCCAGUGAGAAAGAGAAAGACAGCGAAGAAGAAAAGGAAAAGAAGGAGGAAGAGAAGUCCGCCGACGACGCUGAUACUAGCAGCAAGUCUCGACCUCCCGGCACAGAGAAGGUCAUGACACUAGAGUUGAACCCCAAUUUCCAAUUCGAUCUGCAAUUCGGCCGUCGCGUUAUGGCGAAAUUGCUGCAGUUGGAUAAGCGGAUGAAUUGGAAGGAUGCGACGCAGUCGCAGGCUGAGGAGGAGGCUGAUGCGAAUGCGUUUAAGGAGGCGUUUAAAACGUAUGAUUUCUCGCUGGAGUAG